UCAGACCAGCGAAAGCAAUGAAGCUCUCCUAACCAGUGUGGUGUUUACCACUUGUGUCCACAUUUGUCAAAUAUCUGACAUACAGCAUGAGUGUGUGAGUGGUGGAUCUGUUUGUCAGGGGUGGAAGAGGAGGGCUGUUAAAUGGGUUUUAAACACAGCUGUUGAAGCCACUUAUCCGUAGACGCUUCUCUGUAGUUGAGGAGCCAGGGAUUCUCUUCUUUUCUUGGUAGAAUUUCUUUUCUCGUUUGUAUAUCUUGCUUGUAUAUCUUUUACAAUGUUUCUCUCAGUGUUGGCUUAUGAAAAUAGUAAAAGGCUAGAGGUCCACAUUGUCCUAUUCAGCUGGGAAUAACUAGAGGCUAGAACAUGCCUGGAAAAGAAGGAGAUCGCCACAAAGGGACAUGGGAAAGGAAGCAGACGUCCAGGGGCUCAGAGCUGGUAAUUGCGAAAGCGAGUUCCCAGUCCCAUUGAUAACAGAAGGGACUGCCAGAGGGCUUCAGCGACCGCUUUCCCACCAAGUGCCUCUUGCAGUGCCACGGCAUUUCACAUUUCUUAUGCACCGCAGCUUAUGAGGAGAGUAGGAGCUUCACCUCAAAGUCUUCAACAGGUGGUAUAUCUAUAAGGGAAAGAAAGAGGAUUCUCAAGCUCAAGAAGCGUGGAGAGAUGGAGGGCAGCGUGACCUCAGUGAUUUCUACCACUUUAAUCAUGUGCCUAGCAUUUACAGGGUUGGAUGGAGCCAAGUAUUCUCCCUGUGACCGGCUUACGUUUGACAACGAGGUCUACAACCACUGCAUACCGCUGUACAGGCAAAGAAUGGCAACCAGCAACUACCAGCUGGAAUGCCCUUGGCCCAACACUAAAGGGUAUUAUGUCCAACUGGACGACUGCGUGAAGAAAGCGAUAACCCGCUCCUUCUGCGGAGAACCCUCUCUGAAGAACGAUAUCUUCCUGAAGCUCCAUCAAACCUAUUUCCCCCUCUGCUUCUUCAUGCAGGACCCAGGCUUGCACGUCCUGCUGCUGCUCACGCUGCCCUGCAUCAUCAUCACCUUCCUCAUGCCCUUCUUCUGCGUGUGCCUCAAAGACUUCUGACUGUACCUCAGUUACUUCUGGACAAACCGAAUCGACAGGAAACCCACCCUGUUCUGGAUUGGAAGAUCUUUGGGGCUGUGGAGAGAAAAACACCUGGACAACUUAUCAACUUCUCAGCGUUUCACCGAAUGCAUUAAAAUGGACAAAAAAACACCAAACAAUCUGUGGACUAUGGGUUUUAGUUAGCUAGACUGUGGGCUGUCUUUGCAGUUAGAGCCUGUGCUGCCUUAUGUGUUUGCCGUUUCUGAAUAGAAGCACAUUUUGAACCUUUGUGUGACUGAACUGUUCUGGAAAGGUAAACACAGUCAUAUUGAAAAUUCAGGUCAGUCUAAUUAGACCCUUCGAGGUCCCAUUGCCGAACUCAUCACACCGUAUUUGUUUUUCACUGCAUUAAAGAGUCCAAGUUUUAUAUUUGUUAUAUUAGGAGUACUACUGAACUCUGUGACUGCUCUUCAUUAAAAAUCUGGCAACCUGUACAA